AUGCCUCUUAACAUGUUUCCACACACCAAAGCAUCCGCCAAUCCAUUCUCAGCGUCAGCGUCCAUAACUCUGUUCUUCAACCCGGCCAAAGAUAUCUCCAUCACCACCACCCCGCCCCUCAUCGCCAUCAGAGUCGCUCACAGAAGAGGAGUGCCAAACGUACCUCGCCGGACUGACACCGAUCUAACAGUUGGCCUCACCGAAAUAGGACAGCGUUUUACGUGGGUGAGGGGUGCAGAUGGCACACUCGUGCCGAUCACAGAGCACCAAAAGACGCCCGCACAUGAAUUCAUGCUGCUGUUUUGCCACUCUGAGAAAAGUGGCAUGGAUAUCAUCGAUUACCAGGAGAAUCCGACACCAUCACAUUGGCUAAUGGAUUUGAAAGAGGCGUCGCCUGUCGGGCGUGUCAAGAUAAACCAGAUCGCAUAG